CGUUUAUCCCCCGACCAGCAAUGUUUCGCCCAAAUAUUUACGCCACUGCACGGCGUCUCACCCGCCCAACAACCCGCGCGUUCCAGACCCAUGGACGCCCCACCUACCAGCGUUUCUCCAGCAACAAGCCACCCAUCUGGCAAUCACGCACAUUCUGGUACGUCACCGGCUCAGUUGGCGCGGGCUCGUUCAUCUACUACCAGGCACACCUGGAGCCAGCACCUGUGACCGGCCGCAAGCGCUUUAUCAAUGUGACCCCCGAGCAGGAGGCGCGGUUUGCGGCCCAGGCAUACCAGGAGACGCUGAUGGAGUACCAGGGGCGGAUUGUGCCGCGAGGGAGUCCGGUUGACGACUAUGUGAGGAGGGUGGCGAAGCGCGUGAUCACUGCCACAGGCAUAGAGGGUGUCGAGUGGGAGGUGCAUGUGGUGAUGAGCGAAGAGAGGAACGCGUUUGUGCUGCCCGGCGGCAAGGUCUUUGUGUUCACAGGCAUCCUGCCCAUCACCAAGACUGAGGACGGGCUGGCUGCGGUUCUAGGGCAUGAGAUCGCCCACCAGUACGCCAGGCAUGCGGCGGAGAAGAUCUCGCAGUCGAACCUGCUCUCAUUCGUCUACAUCCUAGCCAGCUUCUUUGUCGACCCUUCUCUGCUGCAGCUCGGCCGCGGGAUGACCCAUCUGCUGACUGUCCUGCCCAACAGCCGCGCCUGCGAGCGCGAGGCUGACUACCUGGGGCUUUUGUUCAUGGCCCAGGCGUGCUAUGACCCGAGAGCCGCGGUCGGGCUGUGGCAGCGCAUGCAGAUGGCAGAGCAGGGCUCGCCGCCGCAGUUCCUCAACACGCAUCCGGCGACAGGCGACAGGAUCGAGAAGAUCACCGAGUGGCUGCCGCAGGCAGAGCUGAAGCGCGAGGCCAGCUGCCCUGCGGACAUGGCAAGCUCGUUCUUCGGCCAGUUCCGGCACUGAGUGAAUGGUGGAGAACAAACACAGACAUCGUUUAUUUUUAGAGCGCAAUUUGGGAUGGAAGAAAUAACGAGCAUGAACACGAG